UCUCCGGAGGACCGGUCCGCCCCCGCCCGCUCCCGCCCCCGCGGAGUCGCGCAACUUCCCGGGAGCCGGGGCCAAAGUGAGCGCAAAGUGCUGCCUAACUUGCCGGGAUGGAGCUGCAGAGCCGGCCCGAGGCGCUCGCCGUGGAACUCGCGCGCCACCAGAACGGCGACCUCAAGAAGCAGCUCCACGAAAGGCAGCCGCGGAUCGCCGCGCUCAGCGACAAACAAGCUUUGGGAACCAUCACUGCAGUGCCUGUCACGGGUCCUCAGGUCAGCUCCUUGCAGAGGUUGGCCGGACAAGGAGCGGCCGUGCUACCUCAGGUUAGGCCAAAGACUCUGAUUCCAGACAGCCUCCCCGUCACCCCAGGCCGGGACCGGCCCCCCAAGCAGCCCCCCACGUUCCAGAAGGCCACCGUGGUCAGCGUCAAGAACCCCAGCCCGGCCCUCCCCACCGCCAACAACACCGUGGGCCAUGUGCCAACGCCCGGCAGCCAGCCCCAGGCCCUCGCCGAGUCCUCGGCCAUCACCUCGCCCCUGAGCGGCGCCGGGGUGGCCUACGCCAUCAUCUCCGCCGCCCCCAGCAAUGCCACCGCCAUCGCCCCCAGCACCGCCGUGUCUGUGGUCAGCGACAGCGUCAUGGUCCAGCCCCUCCUCAUCAGUGCCGACAAGAAGGUCAUCAUCAUCCAGCCUCAAGUGCAGACGCAGCCCGAGAGCACAGCGGAGCCACGGCCGCCCGCGGAGGAGCCAUCUCAGGGAGCUCAGGCCACCAAAAAGAAGAAGGAAGACCGGCCCCCGAGCCAGGAGAACCCCGAGAAAAUCGCCUUCAUGGUAGCUCUUGGCCUGGUCACAACGGACCACUUGGAAGAAAUCCAGAGCAAGCGGCAAGAGCGGAAGAGAAGGAGCACAGCCAAUCCCGCCUACAGCGGCCUCCUGGAGACCGAGAGGAAACGGCUGGCAUCCAACUAUCUCAACAGCCCCCUGUUCCUCACAGCAAGAGCCAAUGAGGACCCCUGCUGGAAGAAUGAGAUCACCCACGAUGAGCACUGUGCUGCCUGCAAGCGAGGGGCCAAUCUGCAGCCCUGCGGCACCUGCCCGGGGGCCUACCACCUCAGCUGCCUGGACCCGCCCCUCAAGACCGCGCCCAAGGGCGUGUGGGUGUGUCCCAAGUGCCAGCAGAAGGCCUUAAAGAAAGACGGUGGCGUGCCCUGGUCCGGGAUGCUGGCCAUUGUGCACUCCUACGUCACCCACAAGACAGUCAAGGUAGAGGAGAAGCAGAAGCUGCUACAGAGAGGCAGCGAGCUACAGAGCGAGCUCCGGCAGCUGGAGGAGUGUGACCGGCGCCUGGCCUCGGCGGUGAAGAAAUGCCUAGAGCUUAAGACGAGCCUGCUGGCCCGGCAGAGGGGCACCCAGACAUCCCUGGACCGCCUGCGGGCCCUCCUGAGACUGAUUCAGGGCAAGCAGGUGCUGCAAGUUGCCAUGACGACCACCGGCCCCGCCCCGCUGCUGGCCGGGCCCUGGACCAAGCCCUCGGCAGCGGCCGUGCACCCCGCCCUCCAGCAGCCCCAGGGGCACAACUGACCCCGAGGGACCGGCUUCACACCCACGGAAGGUUCCUGGGACCCCCGCUCACCAGACCUGAGGGUUCUGUCCGCCUUAAUUCAUAAACACUAUGAAUUUCAGACGAAACUAAAACCAGACCGAGAGAGAGAGAGAGAGACGGAGGAAAGAAGGGGAGAAGGAACCGGGACGGGUUGGGAUGCAGUCCUACCCUCCACGUGCGGACGGGACCCCAGGAGGCCAGGUGGGCGCGAGACGGCCGGGUGCACAGUCAGCCCCCCGGCCGUUGGGGGGGCUGGCCCGGGCCCCUGGCUUCCAGGCACAGCUGUCUCCCCGGCCUCGUGCUGCCCCCGGGGGAGAGAAGGGCAGAGAGAGGUUGGGAGGGGAGCCGGGGACCUAGCUGAGUAGUAGGGGUAGUUGGGACGAGCAGUGGGUAGCGAAUCUAGGUAGGGGCCCGGGGCUCGGGGCUCGAGGCCGCAGGGCUCCAGCGCCUUCUGGAUCGCGGGCCCUCGUCAGUCAGUAUUAUUAGCGUUAAGAGUCACAGCUGUCGAACUUGAAAGAAACUACACUGUGGGUCCCUCCAGGGACGCUGCGGUACCCACCUGCCAGGGUCCCCGCGUGCCCCCGAGGCUCCUUCCCUUAGCUGAUCGUUUGGACUCCUUUUGCCACCGACGUAUUUUUCUCAUGGAGUUUUUUGGGCAAGAUGGGGCUGCGGGCACGCAGGGGAGGCACGUGGCAGGUUUUCUACUUGGGGUUGAAUCCUUCAACUUAACGACCCAAGCCUUUUCCUUUCUCCCCUCGAAGAGCCGAUAAAGGGUUCCACUCCUCUUUUCUUGCCAGUACAGACACUAUGCCAAAAAAUAACUUUACAUUUUUGUAUGGCGUUUUUAUUGUAAGCUAUUUAAUGUGAAGGGGGGAUGCUUGCGGACUUCUCUUCCCGCUCAAUGGUAGUCUCGGCUGCAAGGUACGAAUGCAAAAGCCCUUCCUGGGGGACUCCCAACCUGGAGAGAUCCAGAGGGUUCUUUCAGAAGGAGGCUGGGGGGGCGGGGAGAGAGGGUGGGGAGGGAGAGGGGGCCGUGGCCUCUGGAGGGUUUGGCCUUUGGAGACUCGAGAGUCCCUUUUCUUGCUGCCUCCUUGAGUUAGUGAGAGCGGAGGGCGCCGUCCUAAAAGGGCUCCCGCGUCUUGGGCUGGGUCGUCACACCCCGCCUCCGGCUUCUCCGGUCCCGAGGGACCUAGCACAAUGGGAUAGGCGUCGGGGAAGCCACAGGGCUCCCACCCCAGCAUAUCACACGGUGCCGCGCUGCAUUGGACACACGUGCGUGCGUGCACACGCGGCCCCAGACACACACGCACACGCGCACGCCGCCAAGUGCAGAGCAGGGAGGCUGGCCAGAACCCCACGGGCUGCCGUGGUCCCUCCUGUCAUUGUCUCGACUCCGGGAGAAACUGUGCUGUACGAUACAGAUCUAUUUUAAUACACUCAACGCUGGGUUGAACAAGAUUUUUAUAUUCUUCUAUUGAUGAACAAAGUGAGCUGUGAGACACACGUCUUCUAUGUUGGUUACUCUAGAUGCCAAUUGUGCGUCACCGCGUGGCUUGCGAUGUAAAUGUCUUCAGGUUCCUUUCUGUUGGUUCGUUUUUCUUCUUGGAUGGAUCGGAUUCGAUUUUU